UGGAGGGUGUGAGAACGCGAGUUACAACACAGAUCAAACAUAAAGACACAUCGCUUCCCUGCUGACGCCGUCUCCAGACAAGAAAACACACACAGACGUUUUGUCCCCGAGCUACUGAGCGGUAAAGCAUGGUACUCUACGAAGACAAGGAAUGCAGCGUGUGCUUCCUGCCCUACUCCCGGCAGGACCGCGUUCCCCGGGUCCUGCACUGCGAGCACACCUUCUGCGCUCCUUGCCUGGAGCUCAUAGCCCAGCUCAAGGACGGCCUCCUUACCGUGCGCUGCCCGCUCUGCCGGCAGACAACCUACGUGAACCCUGACCGAGGUCUUCAGGGAGCGCUGUGGGUAGAUGUUGAGCGAUGGGAGCAGAUCUCUGAGGAUGAUGACGAAGAGGAGGAGAAGGAAGCUGAACAGGAGAAUCAGGGCAAAAAAACACAACUUGCUUCAACAGAGGAAUGGCCAUCCUCCAAGCCUUCCAGACCAAAGAUCAAACUGCCUGCCUUCUUGAGGAGGCUACAUUUCACAAAGCACCAGCAGCAGGAAACACUGCUGCCCACGUCUAAUGUACAGAUGAAGUCUUGGCGCAGGCUCUCACCAGAAGAAAUGAUUUAGGGGACUUGCUAGGAGAACAUUCCCUGCCUUGAUCUUAAACUUUUCAAUAAGUCUUCAGUUUUAUACAAGUGUGCGUCGGACAGUAUUAUGGGACCUCCUGGGGGGGAAACCAGAACGUAGGAGGCUGGAUGUAAAAGAUGCCGUGCAGUGGAAAAUAAUCGCGUUAGACUGGCCUUUGUUGCAACACUUGAGGAACAAUCACAUGGUGCACAGACUCCGGCUACGAGGACGUGGCCGUCAGCUAUUCUCUCCACCCUAAUCCCUCACAGCUGCUCAUGGGGGAUUUGGCUCAGCUGUCCUGACCCAGUGUCCCACAAACAGAUGGUCUCCAGCAGGUCAGGGCCCCCCUUGACCUCCUGCCCUUCUGAAACUAGGGGCACAAUCACCCUGUGUCCAGACCUGUCAUUUUUUAAAUGUGCUUUUGUAUAUAAUUUUUCAAUGUUUCUAAUAA